GGGGAUGAUGGGAGGUUUUGCGAUAGGUUGUAAGUGAGGUUGGGCCGGCUUGGGUUUUCAGUAAUGGAGAUGUACAAAGUAAAUUCUUAUGUCCUUAGUGAGGAAGCCGUUGAUCUGCCCACCUGCAUGUACAAGGUGCCCAAUAUUCAUCGAGGCACUACGGAUGCUCAGAAUGCAGGUGAAUAUGCAGUACUCCAGAACUUAGAAUUGAGGCAAACAGAAAUACUGAAACGUUUGUAUGACCUGAAGGCAGUUGUUGAUGGGCUCUCGAAGACUGUGCUUACACCAGAUGCUGACCUUGAUAUUGCAGAGAUUGACCAUGCUUGUCUUAUACCAAAAAUCCAUACUGUAGCUAAUUUAAAUUCUGUAUUGGGAAAGAGUCCUGGUGUCCUCCAAGAUAUUGUCAUCAAUGCUAACCCUUCUGAGGUUCCACUGUCCCUACUAGUCCUACAUGGUUUGCUGUGUCAACAAUAUAAGGUGCUAUCAUCAGUACAUAUACAUUCUUCCGUGCAAAAUGUUCCCUCCAAACUCUGGAACUGUCUAGGUGAGGGAAAUCGCAGUCAUUCACGAAGGGAAUAUCAACUUGGCUUCACUCUUGUUUGGAAGGAUGUACAAAAACCUCAGAUGAAAUUUAGUGUCCAAAGCAUGUGCUCCAUUGAAGGUGAGGGGAAUGUUGCCCGUUUCCUCUUUGCACUUCUUGGCCGUGAAUAUAACGCGGUGACCUCAACACAGAUCGACAACUGGGUGGAUGUUGCCAUCUUUCAGCUGAAGAAGGGCAGCAACAAGGAGAAGGCAGCUGUGCUACGUACCUUAAACUCUUCCCUUGGCAAAAACCCCUGGCUCGUGGGAGUUGAUCUGACAUUGGCUGAUAUUAUGCUUUACUGUGCCUUGAAGCAGACAGAGCUUGCCAAUGUUCCAGCUAAUGUCCAGAGAUGGGUGAAAUCAUGUGAGAAUUUAGCAUGCUUUCAUCUAGCACUAAAGCUGUUAAAAUGAAUCAUACUUAUGAUUGAAUCUGUACAUUUAGUCCCUUGCAGUUAAUGCCUAUACAGUACUUUUAAAUCUCAAUGUUUGCUCAUGAAAUACCUAUUUAAUAAAUAUGUUUUAGAGGCAUUCUUUAACUGAAAAAAAAAAAAAUCAUUUAAAAUUUUAAACUUGUGCGUUUUUAGUUCUUGAAUCUAAAAAGCAUUUUCAGGAAUACCUGCCAGACAUGUAAUUUACACAAGCAACAACACAAGAUGGCCUAUAACUAUGGACUUCAUGUGGGUUCAUGCUGCCAUUCUGUAGACUUAAUACUAUUCUAAACAGUAUGAAUUAAAAUAUAAUCAACUUGCA